UAAAUAGCGGCGGGGCUCGGACUGCAUCACGUCGGGGAGCCGGACGCGCCAUGCGGUGAGCGCCAGCCCGCGCCCAGCCCCGGCCACGCGACGCCCCGACCGACCCCGCCGCCUGGGAGCGCUGCCGGACCCGCCCCGCCGCCCUUCCCGACCCUCCGCCGCUCAAGAUGGCCAGAGGCAGCGCCCUGCUGCUCGCCGCGCUCCUGCUCGCCGCCGCGCUGCCGGCCACGCUGGGGCUCGGGCCGCCGGCAAAGGAGAAGAGAGGCUGGACCCUGAACAGCGCCGGCUACCUCCUGGGCCCGCAUGCCAUCGACACCCACAGAUCCCUUAGUGACAAGCACGGCCUGGCUGGGAAGCGGGAGCUCCAGCCCGAGGAGGAAGCAAAGCCAGGAAGCCUUGACAGGUCGCUGCCUGAGAGCAAUAUAGUGCGCACACUAAUUGAGUUUCUGACUUUCUUGCAUCUCAAAGAGGCCGGAGCCCUCCACAGCCUGACCGGCCUCCCACCGGAGGUCUCCUCAGAAGACUCAGAGCAGUCCUGAGGCGCCGUCACCCUCGAAGAUGAGGAAACUCUGCCCUUUUGUACAGAGUGACCCACUCUGUGCUCCGCUUCUGUGCUGUGCUGCUAUCAUUUAAGAUGAUUUGGUUUAGGUAAUUGUUCUGAGCGACAAAAUAAAAAAUAGCAACUGCA